UUUCUUCUCAACACCCAAUUGCCAACUCCAUAUACACACUUUCUUGGAGAAAUUUUUUUUCAAGAAAACGAUUUCUACUAAGCAUCCCAUCAUUUUCCCCUCUUAAUCUUGAUUAGUCAGACACAUUUUACCCUAUAAAAACUCAAUCUUUAUACCAUUUGAUGCAUGUAAUGUGCCAUCUUCUUCUCCGCCAACUUUUCUUGAUAUAAACUCAACACCCUUUUUCGUUUUCCCCCAUUUAACAGCACCAAAAGAAAAAGGGGGAAAAACAAGAUUUUUCUUGGAUAGCAUCGUUCCCAUUUUCUAUUGCUUUGGUUUCUUCGCCAACUUGCAAGCAUCGUUUGGCUGUAUAAAUAAGCAAUGGCUGCAACGACACUUAACCAAUCGGUUGGAACUCUUCGGUCUUGUAGAGUAAAUGGUAACUCUGGAUUGUGUCCUGAUUAUGGGCAUGUUUCCUUUAGACCGGUGUCCAAGGGUUUCAAGGUUGAUGUGGGAUUGUUGAGAGGAGGAAGUUUUUGUUCUAGAAAGACAAGUACUUGUGUAAUUCAAGCCUCUGCUUCUCAAGCUACGGUGUUCGAUGAAGCUUCAGCACCAUCUAGUGCCACCACCAGUGACUCCAACAAGAAAACAAGUGAAGCUGCUUUGAUCCUGAUUAGACACGGUGAGUCUAUGUGGAACGAAAAAAACUUGUUCACUGGUUGUGUAGAUGUGCCUUUGACUAAUAAGGGUGUGGAAGAGGCCGUUGAAGCUGGGAAACGAAUUAGUAAUAUACCUGUCGACAUGAUCUAUACUUCUGCUUUGAUUCGUGCUCAAAUGACUGCCAUGCUUGCCAUGACUCAGCACCGCCGCAAGAAGGUGCCAACUAUCAUUCAUGAAGAGAGUGAACAAGCAGGAGCUUGGAGUCAGAUCUUUAGUGAAGAUACCAACAUGCAAUGUAUACCAGUUGUAACAGCUUGGCAACUAAAUGAGAGAAUGUAUGGGGAAUUACAAGGUCUUAAUAAGCAGGAAACAGCUGAUAAAUAUGGAAGUGAGCAGGUUCAUGAGUGGCGUCGUAGCUAUGAUAUUCCUCCUCCGAACGGAGAAAGUUUGGAAAUGUGUGCAGAGAGAGCUGUUGCCUACUUCACAGAGCACAUUGAACCCCAACUGGCAAGUGGAAAAAAUAUAAUGAUUGCAGCCCAUGGGAACUCAUUGAGGUCCAUCAUUAUGUAUCUUGACAAGCUAACAUCCCAAGAGGUUAUAAGUUUGGAGCUUGCCACUGGAAUCCCCAUGCUUUACAUAUUCAAAGAAGGAAGGUUUAUUCGCAGAGGAAGUCCUCCAGCCCCAACUGAGGCAACAGUCUAUGCUUAUACAAAGAAAUUGGCUCAGUACAGACAAAAGCUAGAUGAUAUGUUUGAGUAACGUGACAAGGGGUUUGCUUUCAGUUGAAGUAGAUUUGAUAUGCCUCUUGAAGCCUAGUUUCUCUUGCAAAUGGGAGUGAUCUGUUUUUUCGUUUAAUGUAGUCUUCUCAUAGAUAGGCCAAACAAACUCGGCCACUUUUUCAUAAAUGUUGUUCUAUAUGUGUUGAUACUGUGAAUUGUAAUGUAGAAUAUAUUUUGGUUUUGAUCAGUAUGAGUAGACAGAUUAAAGAGUGAGUCUACUAGUGUUUUUGUUCAUCUAUACAGCUUAUAAAUAAGACAAUGUAGGGUUUCUUUUCUCA